AUACAUUUUUAAAUAUAGCAAUUCAAUUACAACACAGAAUACAAAGUGUACCGUGCUCACUUCAUAUUUUUAUUACAAAUAUUUGCACUGUAAAAAUGAUAAAGAGUAUUUUUCAAUUCAUCUCAUACAAGUACUGGAGUGUGAGCUCUUUAUCCUUAAAAUGCAACUUACAAAUGCGGGCUUUUUCUUGCAUGCUCGGGCGAGCUGCAGCCAGGCGGGGCGCUGCCCAGGGCGGAACGGGGCUGCCCUCAGCCCGGGCUGGGCGCGGGAGCGGCCAGGCGCGUCACUCCUCCUACACGCGCGCGCGCCGUGGGCGGUGCCUGCCGCGCCCAGCCCCCUCCCCGGGCCGCUCUCUAACGGCCCCGCCUCUCAGCGCCGCGCGCUCCGCUUGCGGAACGAGGCCGGUCCCCUUCCCGCCCCGCUUGGCUCUGGCGGUCCAGCCACUAGGGACCGAGGGGUCCCGUCCCGAGUGCUGCCUCCACCCGAGGUGACUACGUCUCCCAAGCUCCUUUGCGCAAGGUCCGAGCUCGCGAGAACUCUCAGUCGUAGCGGAGAUCUGGACCGGCUUCCUUUGAAGCUUUGUUUUUGUUAAGAUCUCCAUUCCCGCGGAAGUGCUUCGAAUCCAGUUUUCCCUUCCCGGCCAAGGGUCAUCGUCACGGCAACGUAUGGGGCGGAGCCCGAAUGCUGGGCCAAUCAGAGGAGAGCAUCCUAUGAAGCUGUCCAAUGGGAGCACAGGCGGGGCGCUAUUUGAAGCUGAGGGCGGCGCGCCAGGCUAAUAGCGUAGUAGCUGCAUCAAGAGGCGGAAGGGGUGUCGGGGUCGCUUUCAUUCCUCGCUCUUACAGCCCGACCGUCUCCAGUCAAGAGUCGCCGUCCUCAUGGCGCUGGUCCGGCGCGCUGCGAUUACUAGAGGGGUGGAGAAUGCUAUGACAGGACUUAACAACAAAGCCAAAAGUCAAGUGACUAACAAAAGGGCUGCUUUGGAAGAGAUUGGAAAUAGAGUUACAACCAGAGGAACACAUGCAGCCAAGAAAACAGAGAGCUUCAAAGUACCUGUAAAAACUACAAAAGGAGCUACUAAACCAGCAAAUGUAACUGCACAACCUAAACCUCCAGCUGCAGUAAAUUUAACUCUCAAAGAAGAGACUGUUCCAAAGAUUCUGUCUCCAACCCCCAUGGAUGUAUCCAUGAAAGAAGAGGACCUGUGCCAAGCUUUCUCUGAUGUGCUGCUUAACAACAUAGAGGAUAUUGAUGCUGAUGAUUGGGAAAACCCUCAACUCUGUAGUGACUAUGUAAAAGAUAUUUAUCUGUAUCUGAGGCAGCUUGAGCUGCAGCAAUCAGUACGUCCACACUACCUCAAUGGGAAGGAGAUCAAUGGGCGUAUGCGUGCAAUUCUAGUUGAUUGGCUGGUUCAGGUCCACUCAAGAUUUCAGCUCUUGCAGGAAACACUGUAUAUGUGUGUUGCAAUUAUGGACCGCUUCUUACAAAUUCACCCAGUAUCCCGUAAGAAGCUUCAGCUGGCUGGUGUUACAGCAUUGCUUCUUGCCUCAAAGUAUGAGGAGAUAUUCUCUCCUGAUAUUGCGGAUUUUGUUUACAUCACUGACAAUGCAUACUCUAGCUCUCAGAUCAGAGAGAUGGAAAUGAUGAUUCUUAAGGAGCUGAACUUUGACUUGGGACGCCCUCUGCCACUUCACUUCUUAAGGAGAGCAUCAAAAGCUGGUGAGGCUGAUGCUGAGCAACAUACACUAGCAAAGUACCUGAUGGAGCUGACACUCAUAGACUAUGAUAUGAUACAUCAUCAUCCUUCAGAGAUAGCAGCUGCUGCCUUAUGUUUGUCUCAGAAGGUUCUGGGGCAAGGCAAAUGGGGUGUAAAGCAGCAGUACUACACUGGGUAUGCAGAAGACAGUCUUAUGCUAAUUAUGCAACAUAUGGCCAAGAAUGUAGUAAGAGUAAAUGAGAACUUAACAAAAUACACUGCCAUAAGGAACAAGUAUGCAAGCAGCAAACUCAUGAGGAUCAGCACAGUUCCUCAACUGAACUCCAAAACAAUCAAAGACCUUGCUUCAUCUCUCUUGGGAUAAUCCUAGGUAGACAAUUCCUACUCCAUGCACUUUGUCAACAUGCCAUUGAGGCACAACUGCUGCUUUUGUACAUAGCCUUUCAAUCUUAGUACAGACCCCUCAGAUUCACUCUGAAAGCAAACUUUUAAACUUGCCCUUUAAUACUCUUGUAUAUCUAGAAAUAAAGCUCCUUUUUUAAAAAAAA